AUGUCUCGUCUUACUCUCAUAGUCGCCGCGACCAAAAAUAAUGGUAUUGGACAGGAAUCUCGCUUGCCCUGGCGUUUGGCAAAAGAGAUGAGGUAUUUCGCAAAAGUCACUUCAUAUGCACCAGAAGGCAAGAAAAACGCCGUGGUAAUGGGAAGGAACACAUGGGAGAGUAUUCCAAGCAAAUUCAGGCCGCUCUCAAACAGAAUAAACGUCGUGAUUAGUCAACAAAAGGAUUACAGUCUCGGAACUCCCGGAAACGACACACAGUGCACUAUUCACCAGAGCUACGAGGAAGCUCUUCAGCGUCUACAGGACGUCCGAAACAUACACAGGUCUUUCAUCAUAGGAGGGGCAGCUGUAUAUGCUGAAUCAUUGAAGCUUCCUCCAACUGCUUCGCUUGGAUUCGUGAACCGAGUUCUGCUCACGCAAAUCAUACACCCGGCCUUCGACGAAUGCGACGUGUUCAUGCCGGAUUUUCUUGCUGGUAAUGAGUGGACAAAGGCAACCCACCAGGGUUUGUGUGAGUGGGUCGGAUUUGACGUUCCUGAGGGUGUGCAGGAAGAGAACGGUGUUCAGUACGAAUUCCAACUCUGGUCUCGAGAACCGUUACAGGCAUGA